CCUCCCUUCACCAAGCCAAGCGAGCAAGCAAGCAAAGCCAACUGAUUGAUUGAAGCAAAGCCAUAGAGCGUGCGUGCAAGAAAGAAAGCAUCGGCCACCGGAGCCGCUGCAGGAAUCAUCCCCGCCUCCAACCAAUCCAGUAUGGACAAGGUGCUGGCCUUCUCCAUCCUGAGCGCGUCGCCGGCCGACGUCGCACCCGGCGCCGGCGCCAGCUGGGCUCGGUUCUCCUGGCAGGGGAGGAAGCUGCGGGACGACGAACAGGCCAGAGCAGGGCAAGAGGGGAAGCAGGGCGGUCCGCCGGCGGAGGCGGAGCAGGAGCCGGACAAGGGGAAACCGCCGACGUUGCGGCCGCGGUUAGCGCCGGAGUUCGAUGGGAUCGACUGCUUCGAGACCAUCGUGUGCCACUGAUGAGCUCGUGGUCUAAGCCGCGCGUGUGAGACUUGUUCUUUCUUCGUUCGAUCACCGUACGAUCAGCGUGUCCAUUUGUUGUGAACUUGUGCUUCUAACUGAAGCCGUGUGUUGUACAGAAUACAGAGGUAGAAUGAAACCCAUUUCGCUGUGAUUAUUUGGA